UUUGACUUUUCUAAAUAAGUCAACUUCCACAUUUACAGAUUUAUGGCAAAAAAUGUAAUGCAAAAAAAAAAAACAUUUCAAAGAGCGAAAUAGGAAAAUUUUCACUUUCAGCUAUGCUUUUGUUGAUCUUAACGAUGCUCAUUUUCUGUAAGGAAGUUUGUGCAGAUCCCCUCUUCACUUUUUGUUCAGACAACACAAUCAACUACACGACCAACGGCACAUUCCACAACAACCUUAAGUCGGUUCUCGAGUCAUUACCUUCCAAUACUUCGAGUACUGGCUUCUACAGCACCUCGAUCGGAGACGGUGCCAGUCACGUCUACGCUCGAGCACUUUGCCGAGGUGACGCCACCGCUACGACAUGUCGAAGCUGCGUUUUAAAUGCCAGUCGAGAUGUCCUAGACGGGUGCAGAACAGGAGAAGCGAUCGAAUGGUACGAUAACUGCCAGGUUCAGUACUCAUUUCAGAACAGUUCCUUGAUGGUUUAUACAGGAAAGUACCCUGACUCAAACCACAACGAGAAAAACAUAUCGAAUCCUGGUCGGUUCAACGAUGUAUUAGCGUUUUUGAUGAACAACAUCUCGAGGACGGCGGCGUAUGAUUCCAGGCUCAUGUUCGAGACCGGAGAAGUGAAGAUUAACAAGAAGGAAAGGAUAUAUGGUCUUGUUCAAUGCACCAGGGACAUUUCUGGUGAUUUUUGUCUGAAUUGUUUAAAUUCAGCUCUUAAAGAUCUUAAUGGCUGCUGUCGUCCUCGGACAGGGGGAAGUGUUCUUAGCAGGAACUGUAACGUGAGGUUCCAAAUGUACAAAUUUUAUAACGCCUCGGAUUCUCCAUUAAUGUACCCAGAAUUUCCAGCAGGGGAUAGGUGGAGCAUGGGGAUGAUUAUGGCAGUAAUUGGUGCAGCAGCACUGGUUCUUGCACUUCUCAUUGGUUCUCGGUUUAUAUAUAGCCGGUUGAUGAAAAGGAAACAAAUCGAUUUGGAAAGAAGCCAGACAACACUGCUAUAUGAAUUGGCAAGUCCAAAGGAAGUAAUCAUAACCGAAGAAGGCCAGUUAGUAGCUUCUCAAGAGUUCCCCUUCCUCGAUUUACCUACAAUCAAAGCAGCUACAAAUGGUUUCUCUGAUUCAAACAAGCUCGGACAAGGCGGCUUUGGUACGGUUUACAAGGGAGUGUUACCGAAUGGGAAGGAAGUGGCAAUCAAAAGGUUGUCAAGGAAAUCAUGGCAAGGCUUAGAAGAGUUGAAGAAUGAAGUUAUAUUGAUUGCAAAGCUUCAACAUAGGAAUCUUGUAAAGCUUUUGGGAUGUGGGAUAGAAGGUGAUGAAAAGCUGCUCAUAUACGAGCUUAUGCCCAACAAAAGCCUUGAUUUCUUCAUCUUCGAUUCCGAGAAACGCUCGAAGAUCGAUUGGAAGAUAUGGUGUGACAUUAUUACUGGAAUUUCCAAAGGACUUGUUUAUCUUCACGAGGAUUCGAGACUUAAAAUCAUUCAUAGAGACCUAAAACCCAGCAAUGUGUUGUUGGAUCAAUACAUGGUAGCCAAAAUAUCAGAUUUUGGGAUGGCAAGGAUUUUCUGUGAAAAUCAGAACGCAGCCAACACUAAGAGAGUUGUGGGAACAUACGGAUACAUGGCACCGGAAUAUGCAAUGGAGGGAUUAUUCUCAGUGAAAUCGGACGUUUUUAGCUUCGGUGUGAUCAUGCUCGAGAUUCUUUCCGGGCAAAAGAACAGUGGCUUUUACCAAACCAAACAUGCUCAGACACUUCUUGCAUAUGCUUGGGGACUAUGGAAAGAUGGGAAAGAACUGGAAUUGAUUGACCGUUGUUUGCUGGAAUCAUGCUCCAUACCAGAAAUCAAGAGAUGCAUACAUAUAGGUCUUUUAUGUGUGCAAGAAGAUCCGACAGACAGACCGACCAUGUCCGAUGUAGUAGUUGUCUUGGGAAGCCAUACGAUCACUCUUCCCGAACCGAAAAAACCUGCAUUUUCGGUCGGAAGAAUGAUUCCGGUUGAUCAGGCUUCAACAACGGAUCCAUCGAUAAGUCAGAUGACGAUGUCUAAUAUCUCAGCCCGCUAAAAAGUUGACCCGAGAGUAAAUUGAAUCUAGUCUAUAUGUAGAGUAGAAUGUUCAAAAUCUCUAUUUCCUUUUUUGUACAAAUCAAGUGAAGAAUGUUGAUGUGUUUGUUCUAUUAACAGGC